UGAAUGAUACCACUUACGACACAGUAUAUAAUUGAUUAUAGUUAUACUUUUAGCGAGAAGAGCAAUCGUCUAUCACUAAUUAAUUUACUACUGAAGUCAUAGCAUAGAAUGUUUGUAUGUGAGCAUGUCUGUAAUGUUAUAACGAGAAUAUAUUCGUAAAGCGCAAAUAGUUACGAAUGCGCAUAUAUACAAAAUAUAAAUUUUCAGAUGAGCAUCAGUCUAACUGUCUGUCUGUCUGAUUCAUAUUAUCGAUGCCUGCCAAGACACUACAAGACACUUUUGAGGCUAUAGAUGCCGACACAGAUGUGGUUGCUGACUCCCAAAUCAAUUACGACGAUGCUAUCAAUUACUGGUCUUCAGUUCCAGCUUCAGUAAAUGGAGUGUUAGGAGGAUUCGGAGAACAAACUCCAGUACCCAAGGCUGAUAUAAUUGGUUCUACUACAUUUCUUAGGAAAUUACAGACUAGAAUGAGUUGCCCUGAUGGUGUUGAAAAAUUAACCAUAGAUAUGGGUGCUGGUAUUGGUAGAAUUACUCGAGAUUUGUUAUGGAAAGUUAGUGAUAAAGUUGAUUUGCUUGAACCAGUAAAACCAUUUGUAGCUCAAAUGGAAAAUGAAUUAGUAGGUGUAGCUAGUAAAGGGAAAUUAGGUGAUAUAUAUGAUAUAGGUAUGCAAGAGUGGUAUCCACCAGCUCAUAAGAAGUAUUGGUUAAUAUGGUGUCAAUGGUGUGUAGGACAAUUACCAGAUGAAGUAUUAGUACAAUUCUGGCUGAGAUGUCGUGAAGCCCUCUUAGAUAAUGGAGUAGGAACUAUGAUUGUAAAGGAAAACAUUGCCCCAUUUGAUGAUAUAUUCGAUGAGACAGAUUCAUCGGUCACUAGAACUGAUGAAAAAUUUAGACAAUUAUUCAUACAGGCUGGAUUGAAAUUGAUUGCCAGUGAUGUUCAAAAGGGUAUGCCAAAAGAGUUGUACCCUGUGAGAAUGUACUGUUUAAAGCCCAUGUAAAUAAAUAAAGUUCAAUAGUCAAUAGAGCAAUAGACUAAUAGAUCAUAAUGUACAAUAGUAUUCAAAUUCAACAUGUAUCAA